GGGAGGGUGAGGAGGGCCGGCCGUUCAGAGGACUUCAGGUCUUCUAGGAGUCGGAGACCCUUCCCUGACUCCGGUCCCGGGACGUGUAGUCUUCUCGUGGCACCUGUUGCUGGUGACAGGCAACUCAGUACUAUCCUUGUCUGGUUAUUUUGAAGAAAAAAAAACCAGAAAUCAUGUCGGAGAUGCUUGAUCUGUCUUUUCUGUCGGAGAUGGAAAGGGAUUUGAUCCUUGAUGUUCUACAACGAGACGAGGAGCUCCGAAAAGCAGAUGAGAAAAGGAUUAGGCGACUGAAGAAUGAGUUGCUGGAAAUAAAAAGGAAGGGAGCCAAGAGAGGCAGCCAACACUACAGUGAUAGGACCUGUGCUCGUUGCCAGGAGAGCCUGGGACGUUUUAUUCCCAAGACCAAUACUUGUCGGGGUUGUAAUCAUCUGGUGUGUCGGGACUGCCGUGUCCAUGAGAGCAAUGGAACCUGGAGGUGCAAGGUGUGCGCCAAGGAAAUAGAGCUGAAGAAAGCAACUGGAGACUGGUUUUAUGACCAGAAAGUGAAUCGUUUUGCUUACCGCACAGGCAGUGAGAUAAUCAGGAUGUCUCUGCGCCGCAAACCUGCAGUGAAUAAAAGAGAGACGGUGGAGCAACCCCUCAUUCAUCAGCCUCAAAUGGGCAACGUCUGGCCUGGGAGAAAGAUCAUUCAGGAGCAGCACAAGGAGCGCAGUGUGCCAUUUGAAGUACCAAAGCUGAAAAGUGGGAAGAGUGCCCUGGAAGCUGAGAGCGAAAGCCUGGAUAGCUACACAGCUGACUCAGAUAGCACUUCCAGGACGGACUCACUGGAUAAAUCUGGCCUUUUUCCAGAAUGGAAGAAGAUGUGUGUCCCCAAAACUCAAGUGGAAAAGGAAACUCAGCCUGGGGGUCAAAAUGUGGUAUCUAUUGAUGAGGGUGAAAUGAUAUUCAAGAAGAACACCAGAAAAGUCCUCAGGCCUUCAGAAUACACUAAGUCUGUGAUUGAUUUUCGCCCUGGAGAUGUGGAGCAUGAAAGUGGCUCCUUGGGGGACAGAAGCCAAUCUGUGCCAGGCCUGAGUGAGGAUGUGGAAGAGGAAGAAGAGGAGGAAGACAUUGACCACCUGGUGAAGCUGCACCGCCAGAAACUGGCCAGGAGUAGCAUGCAAAGUGGCUCAUCCGUGAGUACGAUCGGCAGUAUGAUGAGCAUCUAUAGUGAAGCUGGUGACUUCGGCAACGUCUCCGUGACGGGCAAGAUCGCUUUUUCCCUGAAGUAUGAGCAGCGCACCCAGACUCUGCUUAUCCAUGUCAAGGAGUGCCAGCAGCUGGCCUACGCCGAUGACGCCAAGAAGCGCUCUAACCCGUAUGUGAAGACUUACCUGCUGCCUGACAAGUCCCGCCAAGGAAAAAGGAAAACCAGCAUCAAGCGGGACACCAUCAAUCCGCUCUAUGAUGAAUUCCUCAGGUAUGAGAUCCCAGAAUCUCUCCUGGCCCAGAGGACCUUGCAGUUCUCGGUUUGGCACCAUGGUCGUUUCGGAAGAAACACUUUCCUGGGAGAGGCAGAGAUCCAGAUGGAUUCCUGGAAGGUUGAUAAGAAACUGAAUCAUUGCCUCCCUUUGCAUGGAAAGGUCAGUGCUGAGUCCCUGACUGGCUUGCCAUCACACAAAGGCGAGUUGGUGGUUUCAUUGAAAUACAUCCCAGCCUCCAAACUCCCUGUUGGAGGUGACCGGAAAAAGAGUAAAGGUGGGGAAGGGGGAGAACUCCAGGUGUGGAUCAAAGAAGCCAAGAACCUGACGGCUGCCAAAUCAGGAGGGACUUCAGACAGCUUUGUCAAGGGAUAUCUCCUGCCCCUGAGGACCAAGGCCAGUAAGCGUAAAACCCCCGUGGUGAAGAAGACCCUGAAUCCCCACUACAACCAUACAUUUGUCUACAAUGGUCUGAGGCUGGAAGAUCUACAACACAUGUGCCUGGAACUGACUGUGUGGGACCGGGAACCCCUGGCCAGCAAUGACUUCCUGGGAGGGGUCCGGCUUGGGGUUGGCACUGGGAUCAGUAAUGGGGAAGUGGUGGACUGGAUGGACUCGACUGGGGAAGAAGUGAGCCUGUGGCAGAAGAUGCGACAGUACCCAGGGUCAUGGGCGGAAGGGACUCUACAGCUCCGUUCCUCGAUGGCCAAACAGAAGCUGGGUUUAUGAGUCCUUGUCCUGCUCUAUAGAUGCAGCCCUGGCCAGGGCAAGUCAAAGGAAGUGAAGAACCCAAUUGUGACAAAAUUAUAAUUUAAUAUAUAUAUGUGUGCGUGUGUGUGUGUGUGCGUGCAUUGUAAAUAUGUGUACAGAUGUGUUUCUGUGAACCUUGCUGUGCUAGUUAGAGGGAUAUGGAUAUAUUUCUCUUUUUAAAACAGGUUCAAGAGUCUCUUUAGAAGUUUUUUAUUUUAUUUGUGCACAAUAUAAUGUUUUCAUUCAAUACUUGUUUAUAUCUUUAUGAAGAUAACUUUAAAAACUUGAGAAGCAACUUUUUCUUCUGACUAGCUCUCCUUGUUCAUAUGUCCCUGGGAAGUCCUGGCUGUCCUUGGCAUUAGUACAGGUCUGUAGGGCAGAGUGUGUCUAAUCUGAGGCCAAGGCUAUGGAAAGCAGAGUGAUGUUACUAAAAGCAGGGGUGUAUGGGAAACAGGGAGAGGGGUAUAUUUUUGCCUUCCUCUCCAAGAUAGGCUUAGCUCAUUUUCUAUCCUGAUAAAUUUCUGGAAGUCAGCUUUUAACCUUUGCUAUUUUAAGCAGUGUUCACAUUGCUUGAGUCUAAUGGAUUUCUUUGAAAUAAUAAAACUUCCCAGCUCUUCCCAGUUCUAGAACCUUUUUGGACCUUGGGCAGCAUGGUGGAGGGGAGGGUUAGAAUGGAGCUGCUUAAAAAACACACACACACACACACACACUUUAAUAAGGCAGUAGCCUUUUGACCAACUUGUGAACAUACCCAGUGAGAGCUUCUAGCUGCUUCCAGAGGACUUGAGUGAUAUAAGGAUAAAGUGUCUCACAGACUAUGCCGAAUUCUUAGCAUUUUAACACUGGUACAAUAGUUGGUAGAGACAUCUUUCCUCUGAUGUACCACAGCCUUCUUACUGUUUGUGUCUGGGUGUUUUACUCACUGAACAUGGUCUACCUACCACAGCAUCUACCUGAAAAGCGAAGUACUGUCUAAACUGGCAGUGUUCCUCCAGGUUGGGGACUGUUAGUGCUGCAAGAGAAUGUAGACAGAGAAUGAUCUCCAUCAUGGUCACUCCCUGCAUAAAGUAGUUUCUGUUAGCAGUUCUGCUAUUGUUUCCUAAACCUGAUCAACCACAUAGAGUGUGUAAAGGCUUUUUGAAGAAGGGUCUGGAGAGCUGACUUUCAUUUUCUGGUAUUCACUGUCCCAGCCUGAUCUUUUGGUCCUGAAGAGUAUAUCUAUAGGAAGUUGCAUGUUGAGGGAGCCUAUACCAGAGAAGAAAUCAUUUUCAAUGUACAGUGUGCAGCUAGCUGACUUUCACAAAGGCCACAGAAUUGAGGAUGGUUCCAGGGGUUUCCAGUGCAUGCAGAAACUAAAUGAAGGGAUGAUUUGUUUGAUAUGGAUUGAUAAUGUAACAGAGGGCGUAACUUGAGAUCCUGGGUUGUAACUCGCUCCUUUGUUCCCCAUCCCCUAGCAUGUAUGUGUGCUUCAAUAAAGCUUUCUUAUUU